AGGAAACGCGUCCUCGCCAAAAAUUUCGACCUUUGUCUGCUCACCACCACUAAUGACUGCUGUCGCUGUUUGGCAAGUUUUUUUAAAGCCUGCAGACUUGCAAAUCAAGAAUGCCGCUCUCGGAGAGGAACUAUCUGAUCAGUCUGGCAGAACGACCGUGGAUGAAGUUGACGAAGAGUCUCCAGAAGCAGAGUUGACCACUGUUCUCUGUUCGCUAACUGCUGGCAAGAUCGAGCAGUCAGCAUGUGACCUCAUUCUCGAGAGCGACGAGGAGUAUACCUUUGAGCUCAUCGGAAAAAACACCGUCUACCUCUACGGAAACUACAUUGGUAAGCCCCAAAUGUCACCUACCAAAAUGCCAACCAACCACCAUUACGAUUCUGACAUGGAGUCUGACAUGAGCGACGAGGAGGGCUAUGACCUGGAUGAUGUCAGCUCGGACGUCGAAAUACAUCCUGAUGAGCUACAAGGCCUCGAGGACGACGUUGAUCGGUUUGAGGAAUUGGCUGACCUUGUUGAGGAUGAGCCAAAGGUAGAAGAGCCUAAGGCAUCAAAACGUCCUCGUGAUGAGGCCAUGGAUACCGACGAGCAACCUGCUGAGAAGCUCUCCAAAAAGAAGAAGGCGAAGAAGCAGAAGGGUGAAGACGGCAAGGCAGUCCCUGUUGUCGUUGAGGAAAAGGCAGCCGAGCCCAAGGGUGAAAAGGAACAAGAGAAGAAGGCCGACAAGAAGGAGAAGAAAAAGCAAAAGGCUGCUGAGGAGAAGAAGGGUGGUGCUGCCAAAGAGCUCACUGGUGGGGUCAAGAUCCGAGACGUGAAAAGCGGUGAUGGCAAAACUGCCAAGAACGGCGCUAAAAUUUCCAUGCGUUACAUCGGAAAAUUGCAGAACGGAAAGAUCUUUGAUCAAAACACCAAGGGCAAACCUUUCACUUUCAAGCUUGGAGCGGGUGAUGUGAUCAAAGGUUGGGACGUCGGAGUUGCUGGUAUGCAAAUCGGUGGAGAACGUGAGAUUAUUGUGCCACCAGCAAUGGGAUAUGGCGCGAAGAAGAUUGCUGAUAUCCCUCCCAACUCCACCCUGAUCUUUGAGGUGAAGUGUCUGGAGAUCAAGUAAAAAGUACUGCAGGCUUGCAGACCUGCCACAUUCUAGUAUACGGUGGCAUAGUUGUGAUUGUUAUCUAUUAGUACAUCCGUGAACGGUAGUCAUGACUUGAUUAUGACUGCGUCACUGCUUUUGGUGAUCCGAACCUGUACCCAUUAUUUUGAAAGCGGCCCAUCAGAACCCAUCUCAUGAAAGCUGUCCUCGCAAUGGCAUUGUCUGCCCAAGCCCAACGCCAAUUGGGGAAAAUGGCUUUUGUGACCCUGAGCCCAUGGGACCAACAAAUGGGUAUGUGGAUGGAGAUAAAGCGUGCAAAUGUCUCUCCACAUUCUUCUUGUAGGUGUCACAUACGUCAGCUGGUUCCGUCCCGCUGUAUCGGGCACAUCCCGACGAGACCGGAUGAGGGCAACCCCAAGAGUCGU